ACUGAACAGACGUCUUGGAGAGAUGAGAGAAUAUAAUGUAUUCUGUUAUUUAAUCAUUUUAUUAAUAUCUCUUCACCAUACACAACCAAGGAAAUCGAGACUGCGGACCCACGAAUCGAUUAAACCAAUCAACGCUGGAGAAAAAUUCAACGUCACCCAAUUCCUGAACAGUAUAAUGAAAGAUGCAAAACGAGUUGAAAUGAAACACAAACUAAAACAUGUAAAACCUAUUGACAAUUAUGAAAAUAAUUAUGAUUUGAUAGCUGGACAUAGGCGCCAUGACGAUUUUGACCGGGAUGAACUCAUAUAUGAUUUAAUAGACGGAGGGGAGUUGAAGUACCCUUUAACUGUUGAUUGAAGUAAUAAAGAAAUUAUUGCUAUUGGUUUUUUAUUUUUGUUUUUCACUGUCUG